CAUAUCCGAUGAGAAAAUAAAAUACAGUGCAAGUUGCUUAUUGCAAUCGCUUUGGCUGAGCCUCUUCGAUGAUAAUAACCAACUGAUAACAUUAAGCAAAAGAUGUAACUUUAAUAUUGUGACUUCCACAUUUUGAUACUGAAUCCAGAACAUUGUCUGCGAUUAUAAUAAACGGUUUUCGUUGUACUUCAAUGGUACAGUCCAUAUAAUUCGAAAUAUGUCUUGUAAGUGGUAUAAAAUUUCCCCAUUGUGAGCAAUAAAAUCACUGUAGAACUGACAUUUAUUUUGAUGAGUUGCAGUGAGAAACCAGAAAACGACAGAACAACGAUCGGAAUAAGUUGCGAUGGGACACGAUUCUCAUCCAUGGAACACGUUUCUCUUUGAAGCGCUUUCAACUGCUGAAAACCCGGAGAAGCUCGCUGCUGAUUGGUGGCAAUUUUGGCAGAAUCGUUUGCGCGUUUGGUAUUUGUUUCGGCUUUUACGUUCUCAGUUCAAAUCCAGUUGAGGUCAUUUUUGCUUUUCAUCCUUCCGAGGUUGAUAAAAUACGAUAUUAGUCGAGAACUGGGAUCGAUGUGAUCGACUGUUCCUUGCCUCCAAAUUUGAGGCCUCAUCUCUAUGCAAAAACAUCAACUUUCAAAUAUUUAAGUCAUGAAUUGUUUAUAAAUAACAUCCAUAGACACACAUACAUAUUAUCGACACCACACACACACACACACACACACAAUCAGACGUACAUCGAUAUAUACAGACGGAGUCUCUUUUCAGUCAGGAACAAACGAUAGGACAAUUCUUUGGGAGAUAGAUACGCCAUAAAAAGAUUUCAAUGCGGUAAUAGUUCUUCGUUGAACAAUGAAAGUUUCCGUUAUUUUUACCUUUCUCUUUACAACUGUGUACGCCUCUCCCUGGUUUCAAUCCUGUUCCUACCUUCGAGACUUAGACUGCACCAAUGCCGCAUUGGCAGUGAUAUGUGGAACCAAUCAUGUGACCUACAAUUCAAACUGCGAAUUUGCUAAAGCCCACUGCAGAGACAGGACAUUAUAUGUAAAGCAUCGAGGUGAAUGUACAGGCAAACCAGAGCUGAAUAUUAAUCCACACAAGAUUGCUUUUGAAGUGUUUUGCCAGGCUUUCUUGACAGAGAGUUGUGGCAAUGAAGAAGAAAUCGUCUGCAGUUCAGAUCUGAAAACCUAUCGCAACCUGUGUGAAUUUGAAAAAUCUAAAUGUCUAAAUCGUCUACUGAAGCUACAUCAUAUUGGGCAUUGUUAGGGUGAUGGAAGUGAGAUGCCAUCUGGCUGUCAUUAAAGAUUUACAACCAAGACUUCUGACAUGAAAUAUCUCUUCGCAUUCAAAAUUGAACAUUUAUUUUUUAAAAAAUUUCUUUGAAAUAAAAGAAUAAAAAAAAGGGGGGAAAUUGGUGUUUC